GCCUAGCAAAGGCAUUCUCUCACUCCACUUUGAUUAUUUUGUUAUAUUUUAACAACCCACACCACCACUAAAACGCUAUGUCUCUUCGGAGUGCUAGUGGAUCCAAAGUUUCCUCAUUUUCUCAAGGUGGUGGAUCAGUCAGACUAUCUUGCAUAGGAGGAAGCUUUGGUAAUGGGAGUGUAAGUGGUAUGACUGGGGGAUCUGGUGUUGGAUUAGGUAGUGGACUAAGAGGGGGAGCAUGUGGUGACUUUGGUGGAGGCUAUUGUGGUGGUUUUGGUCAUGUAUCGGCUGGAGGAGGUUAUGGAGAUGCCUAUUGUAGUAGCUCAUUUGGAGGCUUAGGUAGUGGCUAUGGUGGAGUCUGUGGUGGGGGCUUUGGUGGAGCUGAUUGCAGCUUUCUAUCUGGUGGCGAAAAGGAAACCAUGCAGAAUCUUAAUGACCGCCUAGCUAAUUACCUGAAUAAGGUACGCGCUUUGGAGGAGGCAAAUGGUGAUCUUGAAAUUAAAAUCCAUCAAUGGUAUGAGAAACAUGCUGCUACUACUGGGUUAGGCUGUCAUUGCAACAAAUAUUACCAGAUAAUUGAAGAUCUUCAUAAUCAGAUACUCUCUGCAGCUACUGACAAUGCCAAUAUAGUCCUGCAGGUUGACAAUACCAAGCUUGCUGCUGAUGACUUCCGACUUAAGUAUGAAAAUGAACUAUUCCUUCACCAAAGUGUUGAAGCUGACAUUAAUGGUCUGCGUAGAGUCCUAGAUAACCUAACUCUCACCAGAUCCAAUCUGGAAGCAGAACUUGAAAGCCUGACUGAAGAGCUAAUGUAUCUUAAGAAGAACCAUGAAGAGGAACUAAAACAAGCCCAGCAUGGUUCUACAGGUGAAGUGAAUGUAGAAAUGAAUGCUGCUCCAGGAGUUGAUCUAAUGAAGAUUCUGAAUGACAUGAGAACUCAGUAUGAAAUCCUUGCUCAGCAAAAUCGUAGGGAGGCUGAAGAACAGUUUAAUAAAACGAGUCAACAGCUGCAGCAACAGAUCUUUCAUGAUGCUGGUGAAACAGAUUCAGCCAGGCAUGAGAUAAAUGAGAUCAAACGUACUCUGCAAACCUUGGACAUUGAGCUACAAUCCCUUCUGGCCCAGAAAUGCUCCCUUGAAGGCACCUUGACAGAAACUGAAGGAAGCUACAAUGUUCAGCUUUCACAAAUGCAGCUUCAGAUUAGCAACCUGGAGGAACAAUUAAAGCAAAUUAGAUGUGAAAUAGAAUGCCAGAAUGGAGAAUAUGAACAGCUCUUGGGCAUCAAGACUCGCCUAGAGAUGGAGAUUGAGACCUAUAGGCGCCUGCUAAAUGGAGAAGGAGGUGGUUUUAGAACUGAAAGUUACAGCUAUCAAGACUCAAGAGUUCAAAUGAAAGGAUUACCUCUUUCAGCAAAGAAAUCUUCAGAACUUGGUCAAGACUCAAGAGUUCAAAUAAAAGAACCAUCUAAAACUAGAGUGGUUAAGACAAUUGUUGAAGAGCUGGUAGAUGGCAAAAUAGUCUCUUCACAAGUCCAGUCAGUUGAAGAAAGGCCAGCUAAAUAAGUAACAAAAAUGGAACAAAGGAUCCUCCAACAUAUGCUUACAGUCGGAACUAAAAACAAGGAAGUGUUCUGAACAAAUGUAGAAUUAUAAGUGGCUUAUGAGUUUCCCAUCUUAAAAAUAAAGUUUCUAGUAUCUGCUUUUUCUUCUCUGGUGGUUGCCAAAAAUACAUUCUGUUCGCUUCUGUUUUUCAAUAAAUGUUUUAACUGUUGCACAUUAUUUUUGCAUUAGUCCUG